CUUCCGGUGCCCUUUCUCCCGCGAGCUCCUGGGGCCAGGACCCUCGUGUGAAGGGUGGCCAUCCCUAAGCGGGGAGCGCGGUAGAGGCGGGCCGGCACCCCCUUCUUACCACUGGUGCCGCCGGCCUCAGGACCGAACAUGGCCCAGAACUUGAAGGACUUGGCGGGACGGCUGCCCUCCGGGCCCCGGGGUAUGGGCACGGCGCUGAAGCUACUGCUGGGGGCCGGCGCCGUGGCCUACGGCAUCCGCGAAUCGGUGUUCACUGUGGAAGGAGGGCACAGAGCCAUUUUCUUUAAUCGGAUCGGAGGCGUGCAGCAGGACACCAUUCUGGCCGAGGGCCUUCACUUCAGGAUCCCCUGGUUCCAGUACCCCAUCAUCUAUGACAUUCGGGCCAGACCCCGAAAAAUUUCCUCCCCCACAGGCUCCAAAGAUCUGCAGAUGGUGAACAUCUCCCUGCGAGUGCUGUCCCGACCCAAUGCCAUGGAGCUGCCCAGCAUGUACCAGCGCCUGGGGCUGGACUACGAGGAGCGAGUGUUGCCGUCCAUUGUCAACGAGGUGCUCAAGAGCGUGGUGGCCAAGUUCAACGCCUCCCAGCUGAUCACCCAGCGGGCCCAGGUGUCCUUGCUGAUCCGACGGGAGCUGACAGAGAGGGCCAAGGACUUCAGCCUCAUUCUGGAUGACGUAGCCAUUACCGAGCUGAGCUUCAGCCGCGAGUAUACGGCUGCUGUGGAAGCCAAACAAGUGGCCCAGCAGGAGGCCCAGCGCGCCCAGUUCCUGGUGGAGAAAGCGAAGCAGGAACAGCGGCAGAAGAUCGUGCAGGCGGAGGGUGAGGCCGAGGCAGCACGGAUGCUGGGAGAGGCCCUGAGCAAGAACCCAGGUUAUAUCAAGCUGCGCAAGAUCCGGGCAGCCCAGAACAUCUCCAAGACGAUCGCCACCUCACAGAAUCGUAUCUAUCUCACUGCUGACAACCUCGUGCUCAACCUACAGGAUGAAAGUUUCACCCGGUGAGAGACAGGGCCUUCACAUGGGUCGUCCACACAGAUCAGGGGCCGGAGUCUGGCUGCUCCGGCUCUGGAGCCUGUUACUAGCCUACUCAUAUGACCCUGGAAAACACCAUUUCUCUGGAUCAAAGUUAGAAACGUGGGUGGUUAAUAAUUCCAACCUUGAGUCUCAUGGGAUUGAUUUUAUGAGAUCAAAUAGCAUUGUUCCUGUAAAGGCUUUAAUUGUAAAGUUCCCUUCCACUGAAAAGCAGUGAAAGAUGAUAUACAGUCCUUUUCUUGGGGAGCUGCUCUGGGUCACCGAAGGAUGCUAGGAAGGCAGAGGUGAGACCUGGCAGUGGCCACGGGAGCAACUCUCUUCCUUCCCAGAGCCAGAGACUCCGGCUUCCAGCAGGCUUGCCUUUUUCUCUUGGGAGGGAGGAGGGGUUUAGAGCUGGGUGGGGCCUGAAACUUAUCAAUCACAUGUGCCUUUCUCUUGUCUUUCUGUGUUCCCUGUUCAUGUGGUGACCUGGUGUCCACAGGGGAAGUGACAGUCUCAUCAAGGGUAAGAAAUGAGCCUGGUGACCAAGAACUCUGCCUCCAGGGAGGAAGUGGAUCUGUUUCUGCCCUGGUGUUUGAGGAGUCACCUUGGGGCCCACCCCACCCCCACCCCGCUAUCAUGAGAUGGUCCCUCUGCAUCGCUCCUCUCAACCCUUCUGAUGAACAGACUGACCACUUCUGGGGCAAUGACUUUCCUCCCUGUGUUGGCCAGGGGUGUUGGGACAGUGUGAUUUCUCAGUGAUUUGCUACGGUGUUGAUUCCUCCCUCGUGGUCCGGAGGCGAUAACCACCACCCCAGGAAUUCUCAAUAAAUUUUUAUUACUGAA